AUGCAUCUGUUCCACCGCAAGGAUCCAUCGGGAACCAAAUGCCCAGCUGCUGUACGACCCCAGAAGGCCAGCGAAGUGUCGGAAAGCGGUGUUCUAGGGUCUUCUAACCAACCCACUGAGGGCACAGCAACAGGGAAAAUUACGUCGAUAGCCCAAGGGAACCCUCACUAUGGAGAAGACGUGGACGAAAAGAUUGACAACACAGGUUGUUCAAAGGAGUACGGUAUUUUGCAGGAUUGUCUGGAUGAAACAGACAAGUAG